AAGUGGGCGAGGCCACAUGUGCAUGACGACCAUGUCCAGCGUGCUUGGCCCUCUUUCGACCAUCUGCUGCUGAGCCACCUGCUGCCGAGCAAGACGUCAGACGUCUCGAGCCCACGAGCAGCCGCACAGACCCUCGCAAACGAAAGUCGUCCCAGUUGCAUCCUCGAGUCGUGUGACUGCCUUCGAUCGUCAAGAUGGACGAGAAGCACGCAAGUUCGGACGUUUCGUCUGGCUCAAACACCAUCGAACACGCUCGCACGCAUGAUAACGAUGCAUCGAACGGCAAUGGCACACAGGGCACGGCUUACACCAACGAGAAAGCAGCGCUGCCCGCUGAGCGCAUGCAGACUGACACGGCACUCACGAAAGAGAAAGAAAAGGGCGAGACUGAGCAUGUCGACGAGCUGAAUGUACUCGAAGCUGCUCGCAAGAACAGGGACUUGCUCAUCUCCAACGUCAAUGCCCGGCUCGCGAAUCCCUUGGCAGGAUAUACACCAGAACAGCUGCAAGUCAUGGGCCGUCGAUAUGCCCGUGAGCACGGCAUGGAAGACAAGGAGGACAUCUUUGCCAAAGGUGCCGUCGUUGCAGGUGAUCCAGGUGGCUUUGAAAAUAUCCCCACUCUCACCGAAGAAGACAAAGUGAAUCUCCGUCUGGAGCGCACUCACAAGUGGAAGAACCCAGGCACACUCUAUUGGCUGGUCAUCUGCUGCUCGCUUGCAGCUGCCGUACAGGGCAUGGAUGAGUCUGUCAUCAGUGGCGCCAACCUUUUCUUCCCACAGCAAUUUGGCAUUGCCACCUCGACCGACGUCGAUCCUACCCUGACCGCAGCCCAGAUCAGUCAGAAUGAACUUUUGCUUGGUCUUGUCAAUGGCGCGCCCUACCUCUGCUGCGCCAUCCUUGGCUGCUGGCUGACAACCCCUCUCAACGAUUGGUUCGGCAGACGAGGCGCAAUCUUCAUCACUGCCAUGAUCUCAUUCCUCACUUGCAUCUGGUCCGGUGUCACCAAUUCUUGGCCACAUUUGUUUGCGGCGCGAUUUGUCCUCGGAAUCGGCAUUGGCGCAAAGUCGGCUACUGUGCCCGUGUACGCAGCAGAGUGCAGCCCACCUGCUAUCAGAGGUGCACUCGUCAUGAUGUGGCAGACUUGGACUGCAUUCGGCAUCAUGAUUGGAUACGUAGCGGAUCUCGUCUUUUACAAUGUUAAAGAUACAGCUCACGUGACCGGUCUCAAUUGGCGACUCAUGCUUGGCUCUGCUGGCUUCCCUGCCAUCAUUGUCUGCGUUCAAGUCUUGUUCCUUCCCGAGUCGCCCAGAUGGUACAUGCUUCGCAACCGUCAUCGUAGCGCUUUCGAAUCCAUCCGUCGUUUACGCUACGACGACAUUCAAACUUCCCGAGACCUGUUCACUAUGCACUGUCUUCUCGAAGCCGAAAAGGACGUCAUUCACACCCGCAAUCGCUACCUCGAAAUCUUCACGAUCCCCCGCAACCGUCGCGCCAUGCAAGCCAGCACGAUUGUCAUGUUCAUGCAACAAUUUUGCGGUGUCAAUGUGAUCGUCUACUACGUCGCUACCAUCUUUACGGAAGCCGGUUUCAGCAAUCAAAGCGCUCUCUUAGCAUCCUUUGGCUUUGGCGCCAUCAAUUUCACCUUUGCGCUGCCUGCUAUCCUCACCAUAGACAACUUCGGCCGUCGCAACCUUGUGCUUACGUGUCUUCCGCCAAUGGCCGCCUCCUUGCUUCUGACCGGUUUCGGCUUCUUCAUACCCGAAGAUAACAAAGCCCACAUCGCUGUCAUCGCUCUGGGCAUCUAUAUCUUCGGUAUAUUGUACUCCCCUAGUAUGGGCCCCGUGCCCUUCAGUUACAGCGCCGAAGCGUAUCCUUUAUCCGUCAGAACGAUAGGCAUGUCUCUGGCGACCGCAACAACUUGGCUCUUCAACUUUAUACUGGCGUUCACGUUUCCAAGACUUUUGUCUGCAUUCAAACCACAGGGCGCAUUCGGCUACUACGCCGCAUGGAACAUCAUCGGCUUCUUCCUCACUCUCUUCUUCGUGCCAGAAACGAAAGGUUGGACGCACUCAUGUCGCAAUAUGCGGCUGACGCAUCUUCUUGCAGCACUCUCGCUCGAGGAGCUCGAUCAGGUCUUUUCGGUGCCUACAAUGACGCACGCAAGAUAUCAGGGCCGAGCGUUCACAAGAAAUAUGCGUCGAUGGAUCUUGCGACAGAAAUUGCCGCCAAUGGAACCCCUCUAUCAAUUCGACGAGUCCAUGGCGAAAUCUUACGCACCUACCGCUGGUGGACACUGAUUGUCCAAUACAGCAGCCAUCAGGCUCGGAUUUUGAGGCGCGACGUGAAACUACUCUCAGGCUUGUACUUGAGCGGCCAGUGCCUGU